CCUUUAGAGUAGUAUACCCAUCAUGGGACCUUCGUUUGGGCGACAAAGCACAAGUGCAUGAUAUGUCACCACAGACAGAUACAAGAAGGCCAAGAACCGAGGCUUUCUCACGUCAUGUCCUCACUCCUAGGAUUCCCUCUGGUGACUUUCCAAUUGCCGAGAGUUUGUUGUUUCCUUAUGGAGAUGGAUGCUGCAGCUGAUAGAUUCUGAUCUGGUCCCAACAGGGAAGGUAGUCCUUCUCCUCGAGGAUCGUAAAGCUUGACCUUUUCCUUCUUUCCCCCCUUUCUUGUGUUCGCUUGAAGUUUAGACUUGAAAGGUUGUGUGAAUUCUUUUUGUCGGACUGGCUAAGAGGUAGGAAAGUAGCUGGUGUCUCUGGGCCGUAAAGAAAGCAGCAAGAUGGGGCACCGAGCCUGAUGAUCCGAUGGUAUUCUAGGUUUCAGCAGGAAGAACUGGUAAAUGAGCAUGACAAUGGCGACUCAGGGCGUUGGUGGAGGGCAGCAGUCACCGAUCCAGAGCUUGGCCAGGCAAGGGUCCCUUUACAGCCUCACCCUCAAUGAGGUCCAGAGCCACUUGGGUGAGCCCUUGCACAGCAUGAACCUUGAUGAGCUCCUCAGGAGUGUGAUCCCGUGCGAGGAUAAUCAGUCUGCAGGCCCUGACGAUGGCGGCGGCACUGGCGUAGGAUGUCCAGGCAUCCGGUGCGAGGGGAGUAUCACCAUGCCGCGUGCCCUGAGCAAGAAGACAGUCGACGAGGUGUGGAGGCACAUCCAAACAGGGCAGAAGGAGAAUAGUGAUGGUGUUGCGGAUUAUGGAAGGCAGCCGACCCUAGGGGAAAUGACUCUUGAGGACUUCUUGUCAAAAGCUGGGGUGGUCACGGAAGGAUCUGAUCAGAGUAGGAGCAAUCGGAUUGGCAAUGUGGGUCUUGAUCCAAGGACACAGUGGUUGCAGCAGUAUCAUCAGCAUCAGCAGCAACAAGCUCAGCAGAGCAGAAUGGGAGCUUUUGUGGGUCAACAGGUGCCACAACCUCUGGCUGUCGGCGUUGGAACCAUGUUGGACUCGAGGUACCGUGAUGGUGAAGGAGCCAGUUUGUCCCCACUUGAUCCACAAACACCAAGGCGGAAGAGGGGGCCUUCGGAGGACACGACGAAGAAGACUGUCGAGAGGAAGCAGAAGAGAAUGAUCAAGAACCGUGAGUCAGCUGCCCGUUCACGAGCUAGGAAGCAGGCUUACACGAAUGAGCUGGAGAACAAGGUCUCCCGACUUGAAGAAGAAAAUCAGAGGUUGAGACAGCAAAGGGAGUUGGAAGCUAUGAUACACUAUAUUCCCCAGCCCGAACCAAAGCAUCAACUCCGUCGAACGAGUUCAGCCGCUUUCUGAUCCGACGAGAGAUCUGGAUGGGUUGGUCUAUUAAGUUAUGCAUUAGGAACAUAUGUUUGCAUGUUGAUUCAGCUCCAGGAUUCAUUCACAAUAGAGUGGGAGCUGAACGGUCUGCUGCUUGUGUUCCAAGGUUGUAUCUGGCCUUCUUUGGUUUGUCUAAGUGAAUGAUUUUGAACAUAAAGAACUCGAUGAGUAUUGUGAUAUAAGAUAUUCCACUUCUCAUGUGCCUUUACCUGUU